AUGAGACUCAUAAACUUCGAUUCCAUUCCUCGAUGGUAUGGCGAUAACCGGUACAUCAUAAGUGGCUACAGAGCUCCCAACCCCUCCAUCCUAUACUGUAUUCGCUCGCUAUUUGUAUUACACAACGAAUCGGGAAAUAUAUUCACUCAUAUGGCCGGCGCUCUACUCUUUUCUAUUCAAUGGUAUCACACGAUAGGCUGUCAAAGGAAUAAGAGCUACACCGCCGAUGACACACUUGUCAUGAAUGGCAUGUUUGGUCUUUGUGUCAAUUUCCAUCAUUAUCUUAUGUACACAUACUAUGACUAUAAUCAUAGACUUGAUUACCUGGGUAUCGCUUUGGUGCUAAAUAUGGCUCAAAUCUCAUGGCUUUACUACGGCUUCUACGAUGACCUAAUGGUCCGAAAAGUCUAUAUAUCGAUAUCUCUACUCUUAGGCGGCGUCUUGAUAUCAGUCACACUUUUGGACAGGUUUUCCGAGUCAUACUUCCGGCGCUAUCGAGCAAUCAUUUUCUUAUCAAAAGGACUUUACGGUAAUUCAUAA